AUGGACUCAAUGACCUCAGCUGACACGCGGGAGAGACUUGUACAUUCCUGCAUGCUCAUGCAUGUGCUGGAGGCGGCCCGCAGUGCAGGUCUCUUCGGUGGGAAACGCGCGUUGCAGUUUACCUCACACACCCAGACCCCUUACAUCAUCUUCUUCAGCUCUGCAAACCAGAAUGGCCCGACUCAACAUGACUGUGAUGCACCCAAAUCUAAUUUGUGUUUUCUUUCCACAGAGAAGUUUCACUUCAAGUCAUGGAUGGUACAGCACCAGAAGACGUACAGCUCAGAGGAGUACCACCACAGGCUGCAGACGUUUGUCAGCAACUGGAGGAAGAUAAAUGCCCACAACAAUGGGAACCACACGUUUAAAAUGGCACUGAACCAAUUUUCAGACAUGAGCUUUGCUGAAUUAAAGCGCAAGUAUCUUUGGUCAGAGCCUCAGAAUUGCUCAGCCACCAAAAGUAACUACCUUCGGGGUACUGGUCCUUACCCAACCUCUGUGGACUGGCGGAAGAAAGGAAAUUUUGUCUCGCCUGUGAAAAAUCAGGGCAGCUGUGGCAGUUGCUGGACUUUCUCCACCACGGGGGCCCUGGAGUCUGCAGUUGCCAUCGCAAGUGGGAAGAUGCUGUCCUUGGCAGAACAGCAGCUGGUGGACUGUGCCAAGGACUUCAAUAACCACGGCUGCCAAGGGGGCCUCCCCAGCCAGGCCUUCGAGUACAUCCUGUACAACAAGGGCAUCAUGGGUGAAGACACCUACCCCUAUAGGGGCAAGGAUGGUGACUGCAAGUUCCAACCCAAAAAGGCCAUUGCGUUCGUCAAGGAUGUGGCCAACAUCACCAUGAAUGACGAGGAGGCCAUGGUAGAGGCCGUGGCCCUGUACAACCCUGUGAGCUUUGCCUUUGAGGUGACAGAUGACUUCAUGAUGUAUAAAAGGGGCGUCUAUUCCAGCACUUCCUGUCAUAAAACUCCAGAUAAAGUCAACCACGCAGUGCUGGCUGUGGGAUACGGAGAAGAAAACGGGACACCCUGCUGGAUCGUGAAGAACUCGUGGGGUCCCCAGUGGGGAAUGAAGGGGUACUUCCUCAUCGAGCGCGGGAAGAACAUGUGUGGCCUGGCCGCCUGCGCCUCCUACCCCAUCCCGCUAGUGUGAGCGCGGCGGUAGGACUGGUUGGCAGAGAAGGAGAACAGGCAGCCCAGGCCACUCGCUGGAAAUCCUGCCCUGGAGGAAGUUGUCCUGGGGAACCCACCAGGGCCCUCCACUUUCUCCCUCACCCCACGCCGAGCCUGGA